AUGCUAUGUAGCGAAGAAGACUCACAACAGCAACGCUACAGCUGCUACCAGCACAUCAGGUGUACCGGGGAAGAGUUGCUUGAUAUCACUGGCUUUGCUGAGCUGCCACCAGACGCGCAACAGACUCUUCGUGAUUGGGCUCUGUCCAAUCCUACGAGUUUAAAAGGGGACGAAUGGGCAGUAUCAAAUAGUGAAAAAGAUCCAGGUGCUGAUGCUUCUGAGCAUCCCGUUGUAGCGAACGACACUAGCAUCAAACCCAAGAUAGAGUUUACAGAGGUCAGAUCUGACAGAAGUGUGAAGCGACCAUGCAUAGAUAAAACCACAGCUGUGGCGAAGUAUGCGGAUAGCGAGAACGGUCACGAACUGUCUUCACUGGCCCGUGAGCUUGACAUGAGCUCGAGCACACAUACAGACGUUACACCCCAUUUGCAAAAUGAUGGAGACCUCCACAGUAUAUCGCCCGGCCUGAUUUAUAUGGAACUCGAGAUCUCAGCAGAAAAAAUGCCGCAAAAUCCAGCUAAUGCACCGGCCCUGCAGGCUCCACCAGACUAUCCGAGUAAUUCUGUACUGAACACAUCAGUGCUUAAGAGCAAUCCCGAUGAUAUUGAACGGUCUAUUGAAAGUUGCCCACCAUCGAUGCGAGUAACAUCAGGUGUGAUCGCUGAGAUCCGUGACAAAAAUGACAGAGACGCUUUUGAUCAAGGGCUCGUCGCAGAUGGAAAUAAUUCCGCCCAUUGUCUUGCGCAGGGUACAAGUGGCCUUCAACCCCGCUGUUCAAGCCGAUAUAUAUGCCAACAGACUGCAGGGGCAGCACCUGAAGCACCGGAAGCAACACCAGACUGUCGCUCGGAGAGCAGAUCCACCAGCGAACAGACGCGAACUGUUCAUAGUGGUGUACACGGCAGCCCUAGAAUAUCAGCGGGUACCAUGCGCAGUAUGAGUAGGGCUGGUGAGCCCUGGGGGACUGGCGAAACAACUAUAAUUGGGGACAAUUCCGGUACAAUUGGGGACAAUUCUGGUGAUGACAAUUCCGGUACAAUUGGGGACAAUUCUGGGUCAAUCACGACGGGCGCAUACCCUAAAACCCGCUCGAGUGGUCCUCCUGAAGGUGUUGAUACGAAUACUAACAGCGCUCUACAGUGUACCGCUCCCCGUGGUACGCACACACACAAUACUAUACCGAACCAAAGGCCGGCUAUUGCGAAUACGUUGGGCAAUCCAAAAGCUCAUUUGUAUUGUCAAGCCAACGCCUGUUGUCGUACAGGCCAUUCAGGAAUGGCAGGUCACACCUACGUAGACAGUGCUAAUACAGUGAAUUGGACCCAUACGUACGGAGGCAGUAACAUGCCCAAUCAACAACUGCACGGACUGAUACCACCACAGAUACACGAGAAAGGGGACUACGUGCAGGACAGCACAAGAGCACCGUUUUGUACCGGUUUGCUGCAACUGGGACAACCCUCCGAACCCAUUGUAGCCACGAAGCUGUGGCAGCUGCAUCAGCAGAAUCUGAAGCGUCGCGACGAUCUGCAUAGGCCACUGAAUACAACCUCACCACUACCAAGCGUCUGUUGUACCAGCAACACGAGUACAGUGCACGCCCGCCCUGAAGUUAAACGGGCACAAAGUCCGUCACAGAACACCCAUCCACUGCCACUGCCUCAGCUGACCCACAAUCUGCGAUGGUUGAUAGACAACACCGAUGUAUACCCAAUCUCCUCCCAACAACCCGAGUUUCCACUCGGCAAAAUUCCGUUGUUCGACAACGCCUCCCCUCCAGCAGCCACUGGUGAAGCCAAGGCCGAGGCCUCAGAGAGUGACUCAGAUGUCUCAGUCACCACACCGCCUAUCCUGGAUUUGAUCCCGAACUUCCCCAGUUGGCGCGAGUAUGCGCGGUCCGAUGCCAUCCUGCAGGACCCUGUUAGUCUCAUCAAGCAAGUGCUGAAGCGGUUGGGCCUGGUAACCACUGGACGCAAGUCAGUGCUUAUCAGCCGGAUCAGAGAAGAGGCCGGCACCGAGCGCCCGUUUGCUGAACGCAUGCGCGCGAGACACUUUCAGCGUACCCGAGCGGAGCCCAAACCGACCACAGUCACUUCAGAGGUGGAGAGGGGUGUGAUGCAGUUGAUUGAGGAAGGGGACUUGUACACCACGGCCAGAGAUGAUCUAAAGGCGAUGUGCAAGCGUUUGGGAUUGCGAAUUGGGGGCUCCAAAGCACAGAUUGUCGCCAGAUUGCAGAAGUACCAGGCGUCGUCGGCAGUGUCUGAAACGUAGUGUCAGAAGUGAGUGACAUGACAGGCACAUGCAAACGACGCGAGGUGGGUGGUCUACCAUGGCUGGAAAAGUGGCUAUACAACAGCAAAGGGCAGAAACAACAAAGGGCGCUGUAGCAGGAUCUGGGCUUUGCUUUGUAUUAGAUACUGACGUCGUAGUUUUGGCGUUUCAAAGAACAUUCUACUAUAGAGGUAUACAUGAAUAAAUACACUGAUAUAUUAAAGGUACCC